AUGAGGGACGACCGGCUGCAGCAGAGCCUGUUCGCUAGAAAGGAGCUGACCUGGGCAACGGCCUACGACGAGGCCAUCGCCGCGGAAGCAGCCGACAAAUCGACCCGAGAGGUGCGUCAGCGUUUGGCAGCGACGGAGCUGCGCGUUCACCACCAGGGGGCCGACAGUGACAGCGAGGGUAAGCUGAGUGACGUCUGCAUCGUCAAAAAGAAGGCAGACCAGCGGACCCCAACUAUACAUAAUAGAAAAACAACACGUUAUUUUGUGGAAGCUGGAACUCCAACAGGUGUUCGACAAGACCAGAUUUCAUAUCAUGGAAAAAUUGUACCAUCAGGGCAUGGAGAACAGACAAUAUUCAUAGAAGUUUAUGAAGUCAUAGUUGACCUCCAGGAUGGCAUUGAGAAUCAGCAACCUGUUGUCAGAACAUUGAAUGUAACUGGAGAGGAUAUUAUUGAGCAGUCGUCUACAGCAGAUGCUGGUGUACUGAAGGAAAAACUAGGAAGCCUGAAUUUUCGGUGGCAGGAAGUCUGCAAACAGGUAGCAGAAAGCAAAAAGAGACUUGAACAAGAACAAAAGCUCCUGACAGAAUUGCAGAGCGACUUAAACAAGUUUAUUUUAUGGUUAGAUGAAGCAAAUAGUGUCACUGGCAUCCCUCUUGAACCAGGAAAUGAACACCAGUUGAAAGACACUCUUCAAAAAGUGAAGUUAAGAGUGGAAGAACUGCCUCUACACAAGGGAAUACUGAAACGAUUAAAUGAAGCUGGAGGAAAAGCACUUGGUAGUGCAUCACUGAACCCUGAAGUAAAACAUAAGCUUGACACCAGACUCAAGGAGGCUAACCAUCGCUGGAUAAAGGUAUCCAAAGAUCUGCCUGAGAAACAGAAAGAAACAGAACAUCUGCUAAAUAACUUGGUCCAGUUUGAACAACAGUUAAAUCAACUAAGACUGUGGCUUUCCCCUAUCAAAGAUCAGUUGGAACUUUAUAGUAAAGUGGGACAACCUGGAGCUUUUGACAUUAAGGACAUUGAAGCAGCCGUGAAAGCUAAACAGCCGGAUGUGGAAGGGAUUUUGUCUAAAGGGCAUCAUUUGUACAGGGAAAAACCAGUCACUCAACCAGUAACGAGAAAACUAGAAGACCUGAAUACUGACUGGAACACAGUAAAUCGUUUAAUAGAAUUGCUGAAAGGAAAACCAGUUUCAGGAGCCACAGGAAUUGUAUCUUCGGCUGUUGUAACUUCUCCUGGUCAAACUGUUACUGUGGUUACACAAACUGCAGUAACCAAGGAAACCACCAUCUCCAAACAAGAAAUGCCAUCUUCUUUGCUUCUAGAGGUGCCAGCACUGGCUGAAUUCAAUAAGGCCUGGGCAGAUCUCACGGACUGGCUUUCUCUACUGGAUCGAGUGAUAACAUCCCAAAUAGUGACUGUGGGUGAUCUUGAUGAAAUCAAUGACAUGAUUAUCAAACAAAAGGCAACACUACAGGACUUGGAUCAAAGGCGGCCACAGCUGGAGGAAUUAAUAACAGCAGCACAGAAUCUGAAAAAUAAAACUAGCAAUCAAGAGGCUCGAACAGUCAUUACUGAUCGGAGUAACUUCCUUGAGCGUCUCAGUCCUUUAAAGGUGCUUUAUGUGCUGCAAUACAAACAGCAGUUGUUGUAA